AUGGCUUCUCCGUCCAAAGGCAAUGACCUGUUUUCGUCUGAUGAGGAGGGCCCGGCAAUGGUGGCUGGGCCGGGCCCGGGGCCCGGAGGAGCCGAGGGGGCCGCCGAGGAGCACCGCGUCAAGGUCUCCAGCCUGCCCUUCAGCGUGGAGGCGCUCAUGUCGGACAAGAAGCCGCCCAAGGAGGCGUCCCCACUGCCAGCCGAAAGCGCCUCCGCCGGGGCCACCCUGCGGCCACUGCUGCUGCCCGGACACGGCGCCCGGGAAGCUCACAGCCCCGGGCCGCUGGUCAAGCCCUUUGAGACCGCUUCGGUCAAGUCGGAAAACUCAGAAGACGGAGCCGCGUGGAUGCAGGAACCCGGCAGAUACUCGCCGCCGCCAAGACACAUGAGCCCCACCACCUGCACCCUGCGCAAGCACAAGACCAACCGGAAGCCUCGGACGCCCUUUACCACGUCCCAGCUCCUCGCUCUGGAGCGCAAGUUCCGCCAGAAACAGUACCUCUCCAUUGCAGAGCGGGCAGAGUUCUCCAGCUCUCUGAACCUCACAGAGACCCAGGUCAAAAUCUGGUUCCAGAACCGAAGGGCCAAGGCGAAAAGACUGCAGGAGGCCGAACUAGAAAAGCUGAAAAUGGCUGCAAAACCUAUGCUGCCCUCUGGCUUCAGCCUCCCUUUCCCCAUCAACUCACCCCUGCAAGCAGCAUCCAUAUACGGAGCCUCCUACCCUUUCCAUAGACCCGUGCUCCCCAUCCCGCCCGUCGGACUCUAUGCGACUCCAGUCGGAUAUGGCAUGUACCAUCUAUCCUAAGGAACACCAGCUCCAUAGACUCCAUGAUGGAUGUUUGUUUAAGUGGGCCCCCCCUUCAAAUGGCAGUACCAAGCCCGUAGGCCUGCUCUGCAAACCUGCAUGCAUGCGCCACCCUAAGCGGCCUAAGAACUAUGGCCACAGCCUUAGUUCGAAUUUGUUGUUUAGGCUGGAGGCACCAAGCCCCAUUUUCUUGGUGUGAUCUUCUACAUGCCCCCUUCUCCUUCCACAAAGAUUGGCUCUGGUGGUUUUUAUAUAUAAAUAUA